GACGAGUUCCCUAAUAGAGACAGUGCGGCAGGAAAACCGCAGCAACGUCAGGGAUUUGUGUAAGAAAGGGGGAAAAUAAAAAUCCAGAGAAAAAAGAGAACAUGGAAUUAAAAUAAACACAUCCAUCCACAAAUGGACAAGUACGAUUUUAAAUGUAAACUGGAUAAGCUGGAUAUGCGUCUUUCCCCCAAAAAACAAAAACAAAACAAAAAAUAAAACACAGGGCAAAGCCAAAGAAUGGAUGAAAAAUUCAACGAGAUCUGCUGCUGCUUGAUUUUGCCUGCUGAAUCGAACACGCGAGAACAUAUGGAAUACUAAUUGGAAAAACACAGUCACCAAGCGCUGCUGUUCAGAUAAGAUCAACUGUGUCUGUACAGAAAACGGUUUUUGGAAAAAAAACAAAAAUAUAAGCAAACAAAAGUCAAAUUAGAUGCAUUGAAUUCCAUUGGAGGGAUGUCAUAAAGUCCCAUUGCUUGACAAGCAGAUACUGGAUUCAGGAGACGGGCAUUUCCAUCUGAGGUGUUAGAAUGGGCGAUGCCGCAGAUAGCAAGGAGAUAAAAAAGACUUUCAUCGUUCCAGCCAUAAAAGCCUUUGAUCAUUAUGACUUUGCCAGGGCUAAAAUCUCUUGUAGCCUGGCAUGGCUGGUUGCCAAAGCCUUUGGGACAGACAAUGUGCCAGAGGACCUGAAGGAGCCUUUCUACACAGACCAGUACGAGCAGGUGCACACCAAGCCUCCCGUGGUGAACCUUCUACUGUCAGCUGAGCUGUACUGCCGCGCGGGGAGCCUCAUUCUCAAGAGCGAUGCAGCCAAGCCUCUCCUGGGACAUGAUGCUGUCAUCCAGGCACUUGCACAGAAGGGACUUUAUGUCACAGACCAGGAGAAGUUGGUUACCGAGAGGGACCUGCGCAAGAAGCCCAUUCAGAUUAGUGCUCACUUAGCCAUGAUUGACACUUUGAUGAUGGCUUACACAGUGGAGAUGGUGAGUGUGGAGAAGGUGGUUGCUUGUGUUCAGAAGUAUUCAGCCCUCACAGACACAGAUCUGCCGUACGACACUGAGGAUGCUGUCCUGAGCUGGAUGAAUAAGGUUAACGAGCACUUGAAAGAUAUAAUUAUGCAGGAGCAGAAGCUGAGAGUAUCUCGAUGUUCAGACACUACUGGUGGUCCAACGUCUCCAACCAAAUGGUAUUGGAAACUGGUUCCUGCCCGCUACAGGAAGGAACAGGCACUCACAAGGCAAAUGCCUUGUAUACCCUCUGUGGAGAACUUAUUGAAAGACAGUACUGACGGUGGAGCUCUUGCUGCGUUGAUCCAUUUCUACUGUCCUGAAACUGUCAAGCUGCAAGAUAUAUGCCUGAAGGAAACCAUGUCAUUGGCAGACAGCUUGUAUAAUCUUCAGCUGAUUCAGGAGUUUUGCCAGGAGAGCCUGAAUGGAUGCUGCCACUUUGCACUGGAAGACAUGGUCUACGCCUCCUCCUCAAUAAAGAACAACUACCUGGUGUUUAUGGCAGAGCUGUUUUGGUGGUUUGAAGUAGUGAAGCCUUCUUUUGUACAGCCUCGGGUUGUAGACGUCGAUGUUAAUGCAGCAGAGGCAGUUCAGCCACUGAAGAACAUGCCCACUUUUCCCAUUUCAAAUGCUACAAAAAGAAGCUUUAUUGAGAGUCCUUCCAGUUCAGACUUGGAUGCCAGCCAAGGCUUGUCACCACCUCUGUCUUUUCUGCCACUUAGACACAAACAGCAGCGGCCUCAAAAUGCCACUUCAGGAGCAAUGAGAAGAUCCACCUCAAUGUCUUAUGUGGAUGGCUAUGUUGGAACCUGGCCUAAGGAAAAACGGUCAUCGGUCCAUGGAGUGUCCUUUGACAUCCCUUUUGAUAAAGAGAACACUAUGCAGACCUCUACCCCUCCGAGCCGUGGGAUGACCAGAUCCUUCAGCAAUGAAGGUCUAGGAUUUAAACUCGGUCAACACCCCAGAAACAUAAAGAGAAACCUUUCAUUCCAGCCCAUGAACGGACAGAGUGAAACAGAAGGCAUUGAAGAGGAAAUGUACCCAGAGCGCCAAACUGACGCAGAACUCCAUGACAGCGCUAAUCAAAGGAAACAGUAUAAACUUUCAAACGGGGCAGUGCUGGACGAGUACGGCAAUCCUGCUGGGACACCAAGUAUUGAAGAAGCUUUGCAAAUAAUCCACGAUUCCGAUAAACCGCAUAGUGUCCUUCAGUUCAAUAAGGUCAACAAUGGAUUUUUCCUCCAUAGUCAGGACUUGGGGGAUUUUAAUUCAAAACCUAAGACAGAGGAACCGUGUUUGGACUCUAUUGCCGAGACAAAGGGGGCUACGAGCCCUGACACUACUGAGGUGGACACUGGGAUUCAUGUUCAGACAGAAGACAUUCAGGAAACGAUAGACGAGGACUCUUCUUUAAGAGACUACACAGUGAGCAUGGACUCUGACAUGGACCACGACUAUGAACUAAAAGUAAGCAAUCCCAGGGACAUCACAAGCCCAUGCCCGAGUUCAGUAAGUGCCAAGUCCCAGGCUGGGAGCAGUGAGCAGUCUUCUAGCUCUGGAGUUAAGAUGACCAGUUUUGCAGAACAAAAGUUGAGGAAAAUUAACCACAUUGAUGGCAGGAGCAGCGGAAGCAGCUCCCAAAAGACAACCCCAGAGAGUUCAGAGCUAAACAUACCACACAUGGGGGCAUGGGCUCAAACACCGGAGGAGAGCCCGGUCAGGCAGGGGAGAGAUCCCACACAGCUCCUGGCUUCAGAAAUGGUUCAUCUCAAGAUGAAGUUGGAAGAGAAAAGGAGAGCGAUUGAAGCGCAGAAGAAGAAGGUAGAGGCAGCAUUUACAAGACACCGGCAGAGAAUGGGGAGAACAGCAUUCCUGACUGUGGUAAAGAAGAAAGGGGACGGCACAUCGCCACUUAGGGAGGAAUCUACUGGUUCAGAGGAUGAAAAGCUAUCAGCUGACAUCCAGCCUGCCAAGAUGUUGGAGGAUAAUACCCUAAAACCUGGGAAAUGCAAAACUGAGGAUACAUUGUCUGAAGAAAUUGCAGAUAACAUGGACCCAGCUCAGAGCAGGUGGCUGAAAUCGCCCACUGACGAGUCUAUAGGAGAGGUAGACCUUGUAGAAUACACCAAGUCCAUUGAGAAGCUGAACUCUUCUCUGAACUUCCUGCAGCAGGAGAUGCAACGCAUAGCACAGCAACAGGACAUCAUCAUGCAGAUGAGGGAGCAGCAAGCCUGGGGGAUCUCUCCUUCACAGCCAUCUCCUCAGAAACAGGUGCGGGAGCUCCGCUCUACUUCACGCUCGACUGGCUCUCUGUCACCGGUCCUGUCGUCGGCCGGAGAAUCCCCAAGGACUUCUCACCGAUCCCCUCAGCCCAUAACGAGAAAGUCAGCGUCUUUUCACUCCAAAACCCCAAGAAGUCAAAGACCAAACGAGUUAAAAAUCGCCCCUUUCAGCCGUGUCUUGACCAGUCCCCAGUCAGUAGACAGUCUCCCCCGCCUCCGGAGGUUUUCUCCCAGCCAGAUCCAGACCAAGUCGUUUGUGCACUUCGGAGAUGACCAUGCGCCCACCGGUGAAUCGGAGUCGAGAGACAAGUAUUCUGUCCAGGAACCUAAACCAGCAGACUCUGAGACAGAGCAAGCUUCAGAGAUGGGGGAGGCACACAAGCAGCUCCCAGCAGAGGAUGAGAAGGAGGAGAAGGAGGAGGUCAAGCCCCUGGAAUCGACAGUUUCAGAAGUGUUAUCCCAGCCUGUUAAAGAGACCUUUAUUCUUACCCCCAACACUGAAAAGCCAAGGGAGCCUAUAGGACAGAGCACUAAGACUGUGAGCUUGAUUGAGGUUCCUCUCUCUGUGCUGAAGCCGCUAGAGGGACAGGUGCUGGAGGGAGACGGGGCCGGAGACAAUUAUUAUGAUGAUCAGAAAAUGUGCUGUGGAUUCUUUUUUAAAGAUGACCAGAAAGGAGAAGAUGACAUGGCAAUGAAGCGAGCUGCCCUCCUAGAGAAACGACUGCAGAGGGAGAGGGAGAACCAGCAGCGAAAGCAGCAGCUGGAUGUGGAACUGGAGCAGAAGAAAGAGGAGGCCAGGAUUAAAGCAGAAGAAGAGCGUCAGAAGAAAGAGGAUGAGAAGGCACGGCGAGAGUACAUCAAGCAGGAGUUCCUGCGGAGGAAGCAGCUCAAACUAAUAGAGGACAUGGACACGGUGAUAAAACCUCGGCCAGCAAGCUCCAAGCAGAAAAGGCAGCGUCCCAAGUCUGUACAUAGAGAUAUAAUGGAGUCGCCCAGAACCCCCGUCAGAGCUACAGCAGGUUCACGACCUCGUGUUUUUUCAGUGUCUAGCCUUUCACUGGCCUCCUUAAACCUAGCAGACAACGAGAGUGUGCUGUCAGGCAAGAGAAGUCCCAGAAGCAGUAGCGUAGCCUCUGGAAACCUUUACUACUUAAUGAAAUCAUCUAAACUGAACAAGGCAAGACCUGAGUCCACAGAUGGGCUUUUGUCUCCUUGUCGAUCAUCCAGUCGCAAUGAGGAGAAGGACUGGGAAAAUGGCUCAACAACCUCUUCAGUGGCUUCGAAUACGGAGUACACAGGACCAAAGCUGUAUAAGGAACCAAGUGCAAAGUCUAAUAAACACAUAAUCCAGAAUGCUUUAGCUCAUUGUUGCCUGGCUGGCAGGGUAAACGAAGGUCAGAAGAAUAAAAUAUUAGAGGAAAUGGAGAAAUCGGGGGCCAACAACUUUUUGGUGUUGCUCCGGGACGCUGGCUGCCAGUUCAGGUCGGUGUACACGUACUGUCCUGAGAUGGAGGAGAUCAACAAGCUGGCCGGCGUCGGGCCCAAGUCCAUCUCCAGGAAGAUGAUAGAGGGGCUUUACAAAUACAACUCUGACAAGAAACAGUUCAGCCUAAUUCCCGCCAAAACCAUGUCUGCCAGCGUUGAUGCAAUUACCAUUUACUGCCACUUGUGGGCCAAGAGGCCAGUGACGCCCAAAAAACUGCUGCCUUCCAAGUCAUAGUGGAUUGAACUCUGUUUUGAUUUUUUUUUUUUUUUAUUUAUUUAAAAUUUUUUUUUUUUUUUUUUUUUUUUUUUUAAAGAAAA